AUGACCCAGACUCCGCAGAAAUGUGGGACUGUCCUUCCAGUGCCCGGAGAAUGCAACAUCCUCAUUACAAGUGCCCAUCCAUACGUGAACAAUGUUCCCCAUCUCGGAAAUCUCAUUGAAUCCACGCUCUCAGCAGAUGUGUUGCAAGAUACUGUAGAGGAAGAGGAUAUAACACGCUCUAUGUGUACCGACGAAUAUGGCACAACCUCCGAGACGAGAGCACUCAUAGAAGAUUUUACACCCAAGCAACUUUGCGAUAAAUACCAUGACAUCCAUGAUGAUGUCUACAAAUGCCAACUUUUAGAUCCGCUGGAGCUUAAAAACCCUCGAUGCAAGGUUGAUGGUGCUACACCAGUCAAGAAGGAAACAAAGCACAUCUUUCUUGAACUAGACAAGCUUCAAUCUGAGAUUGAGCCUUGGUUCCAGCAGGCUGCUUCUUUCGGGGCUUGGUCUAACAACGGCAAGGAAAUAACUUCUGCUUGGUUAAAGGAGGGCUUGAAAACACGCAGCAUUACCAGAGAUAUUAAAUGGGGCACACCUGUUCCUUUGCCAGGCUAUGAAGUAAAGGUCAUCUAUGCCUGGUUUGAUGCAUGCAUUGGUUACGUUUCUAUCACGGCAAACUAUACCAACGAGUGGCAGAAGUGGUGGCAUAAUCCCGACGAUGUCUAUCAGUUCCUUGGAAAAGACAAUGUUUCUUGCCAUACUGUCAUUUUUCCAGGUACUCAAAUCGGUACUCGUGACACUUGGACAAAGGUUCACCACCUCUCUACAGAUUAUCUGACCUAUGAAGGCGGGAAGUUUUCCAAAUCUCGAGGGAUUGGUGUAUCCGGGGACUCUGCACAGAAAACAGGUGUCCCUUCAGAUGUUUGGCACUAUUACCUUGUUUCUCAUCGACCAAAAACCGGUGAUACUGAGUUCAACUGGGACUCAUUCAUCAGCGCUAAUAACAACAUUCUUUUAAAAAAUUUGGGAAAUUUCGUCAAUCGCGUCGCGAAGUUUGUCAACUCGGCCAAGUUCAAUGAUAUAGUGCCAGUCUACACGCAGUACCAUGAGAAUUUUUUUGACACAUGGAAGAAUCAGGUUAACACACUUCUUACCGAUUAUAUUGACAAACUCGAAGCUGUCAAAAUUCGUGGUGCCCUCGCUACAGUUCUGUCUAUCUCUCAGCAAGGCAAUCUCUUUCUCCAAUCAAACAAUCUCGACAACAAACUUGCAGCAGACGAGUCAUCAAAAUAUGCGGCAAUUAUUGGACUCGCUGUGAACUUAAUCCACCUACUUGCCUCUCUUGUCUCCCCAUUUAUGCCUGAAACGGCUGACUCGAUAAACGCACAACUUUGUGCGAAAGCGCUACCAAUCCCCGAUCAUUGGGAUGCGAAUUCCAUCAAGCCCGGUCAUGAGAUUAGCAAAGCAAUUCUCUUAUUUAGCAGCUUGAAUCCUGAGAAAGCAUCGGAGUGGCGAGGGUCGUUUGGAGGUCAGGAAGCACAGAAAGUCAAGGAAGAAGAGGCAGCAAGAAAGGCCGCUAAGAAAGCAGCAAAGGGUAUCAAAGCACACGAGGGAUGGAAUUAG